AUGUCUCUACCGACCACUUUCAAGGCUGCCACCGUGGCUGGCAAGGGAGAAAAUCACAUCACAUCAGAACGAUCCCUGUCACCGCUCAAGUCGGGCGAGGUCGCCAUCAAGAUCACAGCGACCGCAAUUAACCCCGUCGAUUGGAAGAUCCGCGACUAUGGAGUCUUUAUCCAAGAAUGGCCCACCGUUCUAGGCUCCGAUGCCGCUGGCGAGGUUGUCGCCCUUGGCCCAGAUACAUCCCGCGUGUCGGUCGGCGAUCGCGUGUUUUUCCAGGGAAUCAUUGGCAACAUUGAGUCGACCACGUUUCAGCAAUAUUGCAAGAUGCCAGAGGCUUUGUUGGCCAAGACCCCAAGCAAUAUUUCGGAUGAGCAGGCUGCUGGUAUUCAGUUGACCACUAUCGCUGCUGUUACCGCUUUUUACGAUAAAACUGGCCGAGGACUGCCAGCGCCGUGGGAUGAGGGUGGUGAUUCUGUCGGCAAGGGCAAGGCUAUUGUCAUUCUCGGCGGCAGCUCUUCAGUUGGACAAUAUGCCGUUCAACUUGCCCGUCUAUCAGGCUUUGAGCGUAUCGUUACAAACGCCAGUUCCGCACACCACGAAUACCUUAAAACUCUGGGCGCCCACGCAGUUCUGGACCGCACAAACACCUCCCUGGAAGACUAUGUCAGCACCAUCGGAGACUAUCCACUAGAAUUCGUCUUUGAUACAAUCGGCGCCCGAGUUACGCAAAAGCUAGGAGUCAAGAUUAUCCAGUCCCUCAAGGUCGAGGGCAGCAGGGUCGCCACUGUUAGCCAGGCAGACAGCGAAGCAAAGGAACUAGGCGAGACGAAGGAGCCCAAGGUUGUCGUGCAAGGUGUCGUGGGCUUUGGCAGCGCUCCGCACUUGAGAUAUCUGAGUGAGCCUCUUGCUGAGCACCUUGGUGGAGAAGAGGGAUGGAUUUCAAAGGGCCUGUUUACUCCGAACCGUGUGACGGUUGUUCCUGGUGGACUGGAUAAUAUUGAGGAGGCGCUUGCAAAGAACAAGCGGGGUGUUUCUGGCGAAAAGGUCGUUAUUCGACCAUGGGACGAAUAG